AAAGGAAAAUGGAAUUAAUAGGAGUGUAUGCUUAAAUUUCAAAUGCCCUACUGCACUUGAAUGCAUCGUUCAGUGUAUGCGAUCCGACGCUGUUCAGCAGCCAAUCAGGAAUCACGCUCAGAAGCAUAGGGUGAAGUCGAGGCGCAAAUGGAGAAGGUAGCUACAUGCUGAAGGGAGAACAUCUCGGUUGAUAAAGUGAAGAGAAAGCCAGAAGCAAUUAGCUUACUUGCUGCGAGUUCAGGAGAGAGUGAUUCGGCAAAGGGAGACGAGUUACAGCAGCUGGUUUUGCCGUUCGCGUUGGGAGCUGUGGAUGAGCCGGAGCUAACAAACUCCGUUUGAAAUCCAGAGCAACGGUCAGGUUUUUUGAGUGGACAAGAAAAACAGUCUUGAGGACCCAGCGAGACUCCGAUCCAAUUCGAUGGCGAGCUAAAAGGACUUUGGAGAAAGACCCAGAUCCAGAGAAGGAAAGAGUCAAGUACACACAUAUACACAUACAGACCAUUCAGAUAGACUCAGCAUACCCAGUACACCUGCAACACGGGCUGUCUUUCCCAUAAGAGACUCAGACGGACAAUUUCCUUUUUCAUCCCUAGUGGGACUUGUGCACAAUUUUCUUUUUUUUGUUUUGGGGUUUUCAGUUAAUUGAUUGUAAGCCAUGGCAAAUUUUAUUUUUAUUAUGUAACAAUAUAAGAGUUGCUACUCAAUUUCAUCUCUGUGUUCGGCUCAUUAUUACUGCUUUAUUCCUUGGCUCCACGAACCAGGUUCUUCUGAUCUUAGGCCCACAGUUGUUCUAUCAGUUAUAUCACUAUUAAAUGUAAUCUGCUCUCGUAUCUCGGGAAAUUGGUUACAUAAGUGGCGAGCCAGCCAGGAGCCGUUUGAAUUUAGCAGCAAUACUGAGACGUGAUCAGUAUGGACUUCAUACAGAAGUCUGGUGUCAAAAUUCCAAACGCAGUUAUUAUCAGCGGAGUCACUAAGGUGGUCAGCCAAGAUGAGCAGGUGAUCGACUUUCUGAAACAUUAUGGGAAGAUUGAGAGAUGCUUUUCUGUUGAUGAUUCAUUGUCUAAGUUCCACCAAAACCUGAUCGUUGAAUAUUCCAGUGGUUCAGCCAUAGAAGGUUUAGAGGCUCACUUACCUUAUAAAUACACCUCACAUGAUGACCCCACUGUUGUGUAUGAAAUCAGUGCACUCAGUAGCGUAUAUGCUGCCCAGGUUGGAAGUAAUGUCACAAAAACUUACUUAGCUGAACUUAAAGAACUAGCCAAGCUGAGUGGCAAAGACUAUAGUGAGGUGUUGAAGCAAACAAUGUCCCAGAUUGGGGAGGAUGUUGAAGCCAUUCAACCCGUAGCCGAAGAUUCUCCCCAUACACAUGUUGAGACCAUCACACUAUCUUCACCCACUAUUAAAGAGCGACAAGAUCCCACUAUUUUCCUAAAUGCCACACCAAGCAGCAAAGGUGCCACUGACCAUGUCACCCUCACUAGUAAAGGGAGGACACUGCCACUUUCAUUAACUGAUAUGAACCCACCUGACAUCCAGAAGGUCGUGGUUGAGCAUAUAGUACGGAGUCAAGAUGUUGUUCCACCCAUGCAGUCCCAAGUGAGGCUUCGCUCUUUCUCCGGGAAAACUUCCCGACCUAAUAAUGAAACAGAUUAUGACACAUGGCGCGCACACAUUGAACUACUCCAAAGUGAUCCUAGUAUGCCUCCCUUGCAAAUAUCCAGAAAGAUUCUUGAGAGCCUGCUUCCUCCAGCAGCGGAUAUAGUAAGGGGUUUACGGCCUGAGUCAUCACCCGCAGCCUACCUGCAGCUCCUAGACUCCGCCUUUGGCACAGUGGAAGAUGGGGAGGAACUUUUUGCCCGAUUCUUGAACACUCUCCAAGAUCCAGGUGAGAAACCAUCCACUUACCUCCAUCGACUUCAGGCUGCAUUAAGCCGCGUUGCGAAGAGGGGUGGAAUUGCCUGUACAGAGGUUGACAAACAUCUCCUAAAACAAUUCUGCAGGGGUUGUUGGGAUGACACUCUGCUGAGUGCCUUGCAGCUUGAACAAAAGAAAACCGAUCCCCCCCAGUUUUCAGAUCUCCUACUACUGAUUCGCUCUGAAGAAGAUCGACAACAAGCAAAAAGUAGUCGUAUGAAAAAACACAUGGGUACCACAAAACACAGAGCCCAGUUGCAGCUCCAAGGUGCCUAUGCUUGUGAACCAGAAAAGAAACAUGAGGGUAGUAACAAUGCCAUUGAGGAAUUGAGGAAACAGGUGGCCAGUUUACAAAGUCAGUUAACUACAUUCAUGACACAGAAGAAAGAAAAAAAUAAGGGAUCUCCAUGGAAACCUCAGGGCAGAACGUCAAGACCAGAGGAAGGGGAUGCAGACGCACAAAGGCAGACUAAAAAGAAACAGAUAUACAAACCCAAACCCUGGUACUGCUUCAACUGCGGCGAAGAUGGGCAUAUUGCCUCACGUUGCACUGACCCUCUCAACCCUAUCCUAGUAGGAGAGAAGAAGAAGCAGUUGAAAGAAAGACAGCUCAAGUGGGAGUCACAAAAUGGUGCUGCCUCACCUUUAAACGGUUAACAGUUCCUGUUGUGGGACAAACAGGGACUGAGGGGAGUCAACAAUGUCCCUCAGACAUGCCAAGUGAAUCCAAACUCUCUGUCAAGAGCUGUGGGGCGACUACAUCCGCGGAAGAGCUUAAUGCUCAACCACGCUCUGGCCUACCACAUUCAAAGCAGAACCAACCCUCCCAAAUGCCCAAACGGUUGGUUGGUACCAAGAGUACAGCUCAAGUGAUUGUGAAAGGGGAAGAGGUUAGCUGUCUUCUUGACUCAGGAUCGCAAGUUACAACUGUACCUGAGUCAUUUUACAAGCAAUACCUCUCCGACCAGGAGAUUAAGCCCCUGCACGACCUCUUAGAAGUGGAAGGUGCAAAUGGCCAGUUGGUGCCAUAUUUUGGUUAUGUUGAGCUUACCAUAACUUUUCCAAAAGACUUCUUAGGGGAUUCGAUAGAUGUGACCACACUCGCUUUAGUUGUGCCUGAUACCUCACAGUCCCUCAUGAUUAUAGGCACAAACACGUUAGAUGUAUUGUUUGACAUUUACUCAGGGACUGAUGUAAUCUGUCGCCAUUCUCUCCCAUAUGGCUACAAAGUAGUUUUCAAACUUAUUGAGCUGAGACGAAAACAAGCAAGUAAUGACCAGCAGGGGUUGGUGAGAAUGCAAGGCAGGAGCCCUCAAGUCAUCCCAGCCGGUAAAACAGUAGUGGUGGAGGGUGUUGCUCUGGCCAAUGGCCUCCAAGGUGAAAAAUCCGUUAUUAUUGAGUACCCAUCAUCAUCCCCCUUGCCAGGUGGGCUGCUGGUCCGAGCUGGUCUAGUUGACUUCCCUCGGUUGCGGCCCCAUAAGUUGCCAGUAGUCAUAAGCAAUGAGUCAGACCAUGACAUUGUCAUCCCUGCAAAAAGCACUAUUGCAGAGAUUGGCACUUAUCAGACCAUCCUAUUAAAAGAACAUUGCAUAGUCAAGCAAUCAGAAUCCCUCCAAAGAACCCCAGAAACUCAGUCAUCUCAAGAGUCCACCUUACAUUUCAAUUUUGGUGACUCCCCAGUCCCACUUGAAUGGAGAGAGCGCAUCACUCGGCAGCUCAACAGCAUGCCUGAUGUCUUUGCGCAGCAUGAUCUGGACUUUGGCCAGACAGAUAAAGUGAGACACCACAUAAAACUCACAGAUGAAACCCCUUUCAAACUGCGUGCCCGACCAAUACACCCUCAAGACAUUGAGGCUGUCCGAAGGCACAUUCAAGAGCUCCUUGAUGCAGGAGUAA